AUGGAAACCAAUGUGGGUGGUGCUCCUGACCAGCCUCAGUCUGAACAUGAGACUGACCAAGUCUCAGAAAAUCAGAAUAAAGAACAGGGAGCAAAAAGGAAGAGGAUGAAAGAGCGCUCUGAAGUUUGGGAGCACUUUAUUAAAGAAGAUUUGGCUUCUGGAAGGCAGGCAAUUUGCAAGUAUUGUGGAAUGAGUUACAAGUGUGGGGCAAAGAAAAACGGCACCAGUGUGUUAUGGGCUCAUAUUUUGCGAUGUCGUAAGUAUCCCUUAAACACCCCUAAAGAUUCAAAACAAAGUUUGCUUUCAUUCAAAAGUGCUAAAGUACCAAGUGGUAGUACUAGUGGGUUGACAUACCAUAAAUUUGAUGCUGUUUGUAGAAGGUAUAGGUUUUAG